AUGUCAAGUCAGUACGUCGCUUCUGGUCUCGGCGCCUGUGUCGGGGGUGUGUUUCGUUUUGUUCUCUUAUAAGGCGCUGGUACAAAACAAUCUUGCCAACUCUUUCCCGGUGCGUCUACCUGUGGCCUAGACAUGCAGAGCAUGAUCAACACCGUCAAAGGGACGGCCCUGGGCUUUGCGGACCGACUGACGCCGAUUUUGAAGGAAUCCAAGUUCAAGGAAACCGGAGUCAUCACCCCCGAAGAGUUUGUGCUUGCAGGGGACCACCUGGUGCACCACUGCCCCACCUGGCAGUGGGCAACCGGAGAGGGCCUGCCGGCCAAGUCCUACCUGCCCCCCGACAAGCAGUUCCUUGUCACGCGAAAUGUGCCAUGCUACAAGCGUUGCAAGCACAUGGAGUACUCGAUGGACCAAGAGAAGGUGCUCGAGGAGGAAGGGGACGAAGACGGAGGCUGGGUCGACACCCACCACUACUCAGAUGGCACCACCUCUGGACUGGCAGAGCAGGUGCAGGAAAUGACGCUGGAACCUAAUAAACCCUCCACAUCUCCUCUGAGGACGACGAGAAACCAAGGGGACGGCGACGCGGACAACGACGACGACGAUGACGACGACGACGAAGAAGCGGCCGACAUGGACGAUUUUGUGGAGAGCGGACUUCUGGACGCGGACGAUCCGGCGACGGUGACGGCCAAGCCCGAGGUUCCGGCCGCAGAGAAGUGCAGCGCGGCGGACGAGGGGGGCAUUGUGAGCACCCGCACGUACGACCUGAACAUCACGUACGACAACUACUACCGCACCCCUCGCCUGUGGCUCUAUGGCUACGACGAAAAUCGACAGCCACUGACCAUCGAGGAAAUGUACGAAGACAUCAGUCAGGACCAUGCCAAGAAGACGGUGACCAUGGAGGCACACCCGCACCUGCCGGGACCACCCAUGGCUUCUGUGCACCCGUGCAGGCACGCAGAAGUGAUGAAGAGGAUCAUCCAGACAGUGACGGAAGGCGGAGGAGAGCUGGGGGUGCACAUGUACCUCAUAGUGUUCUUGAAGUUUGUGCAGGCAGUCAUACCCACCAUUGAGUACGACUACACCCAGAACUUUGCCAUGUGAAGCGUGCACUUUGUGGCUGCGUGGUUUCCACACUGUUUGAGCGAAUGUAGGGAGCUGUGCUGGAUUUCCAAAGUGUGUGUGCCAGUUUUUGCGACUACUGUGAUGGACGUCAUUGUCAUUCUGGGUGAGGACAUCGACGAGGUAUUUUGGGGGAAUUGGUGGGCGUUAUGCUUGGUUGUAUUACAUGCCGCCGACGUAGAAGGAAAGGUUGGUGCAAGACCCUGUUUGGGUUGCUGUUUCCCUCCGUUUUGUACCAAUACUGUGCACUUCUAUCGCUGAUUUAGUUUCCCUCUGACAGAUUUGGCCUAAUAAGCUCUAAACAACCUUCCACUGCAGACUGGUUCAUGCAAGGGUUUCCAUGCACUUACCGAUUGAAUUUCAACUCUCAUUGCUUUCCUACAGGUGAUUAUGAAUGCAGUAGAUACAAAUAUAAAGCUAGUGGCAAGUAAUCCCAAUAUUGAUUUCUGACCAACCGUUAUAAUAGUACAUAGCACUUGUUUCUUGCACGUGUGGAAUUCUGUGCUUUUGCAGGCUCUUGAAUGAGAAAUGUUUGUAAUAAAAUGCCACUCGACAUGGCUGGUGGAAAUGUU